AUGAACGGAGCAGGUGGUGUGGCUGUCGGGGCACAGCACCCAGUCAGGGACUAUAAUCAUAGUACUGACCAAGAGUACCAAAGAUUGAGAAAGCUAGCUGACGACGCAUAUAAGAAAAGAGACCAGUUAAGUCAUGAAUCGCAAACUGCUUACCAACAGGGUGAUAAGAAGUCGGCUCAUGAGCUAAGCGAGAAGAGUAAGGCGCAACUGAAAGUUGCAGAGGAUUACAACAUGCAAGCAGCCGAAUAUGUGUUUGUGGAAAACAACGCCGACUCUUCUAGCAACGAGAUUGAUUUGCAUGGGCUAUACGUCAAGGAAGCCCUAUUUAUUCUUCAAAAAAGAAUCAAAUUCGCUACCGACCACAAUGAACCACAACUGAACGUCAUUGUUGGGAAAGGGUUGCAUUCGCAAAACGGGAUCGCUAAGCUCAAGCCGUCGAUUGAAGAAUAUUGUGCUAAACAUGGUAUCAGGAACCAUUUGGAAAAGGGCAACUCUGGAGUGUUGGUACUUGAGUUGCAAGGUGUGCAAAUCCCGGGAAGUAGUACCGGAAUGGCUGCACCCGCCAAUAAUUAUAAUGCUCAACCUCAACCACAAUACAAUAACAAUGGAGGUCAACCCCAAGGUCAAGCCAAUAACAACAAUAACAAUAACAAUAAGGACAGUACCUUGGCUAGUAUAUUUAAAAUAUUUUGCAGCUGUAUACAAAGUCUGACAUGA